AUGCCGCGAGCUUUCCCCAUUGCAGGCAUGCAGCACGUCGUCGAUAACCUAUGUUCAGACGUGCAUCAAUCAAUGUCCCACUGGCACAAUUUUCACAGUGACCUAAAGUGCUUAGAGGCAUUGCUGCGGAUAGAUGAGAGAAGGCAACGCUAUGUGUGGACAUGCCUUCACGGAACAAACCUGGAGAGCCCAUCAUUCAAAUUCCGCAGAUUCUCUGCAAGCCUUUACGAAGGCCGGUGGCAUCAGGUCAUUCUUUUUCUCAAGCAUCUCGAGCCGCUCCUGCCCAUCCUUGCAAGAUCUUGGGACCAGGACUUCUAUGUUCGGGGCGUAAACGCCAGUGGGGUCGGCCGUCCUGCUCAGGCACAAGCAGAGCAGGCCCAGCAAGCCAGGCAAGGUCUCACCGCUCUGGACCCCGCCAGGAUUACUGUUGCCGUGCGCAGCUCCCUUUUCCAUUCUUAUGUGGCAAUGGCGUUAAAGCUUGAGGAGAUCCCUGAGGCUUUGGCGAGUGGCUCCGAGGCUUGCGUUUGUCAUCGCAAGCUGUUGCAGAAGCUGAGCAGCCAUCAGCGCCGCAAGUGCUUGGAGGAACACUUUGGGAAGGGGUGCUUCGUGUGCCCCAUGGCUGGCAAGCUGCUGCCGGAACUUGUAGCUGGCGAGCUGGAGCUUGCUUUCGAAGACAUUUGUUCUUUGCAAGAGGAUAGUUUGCGUAUGAUGCCAUUACCGGGCAUACCCGCUUUGACUGCCAUCGAGUGGAAUACUCUCAUAAGUGAUUUUCGAUCAGGCAAGACCAAGAUGCUCCUGUUGCUACGUAUGAAGACCACGUAUUUGCAGAAGCUGCCGUGGCUUCUUGCAGGCCUGGCCCACACUUGUGAGCAGACAUCCCGUGAGAUGGGUCAGCAGGUUUUAGAUCAGUGGGCACAGGAUCCACGUCCAGAGGCACAUCACCGCAUCACAUCAGAACUCCUGUGCCCAGGGCCCUUUAUGGACUCGCUGCAAAAAUGGGUAGGUGGGGCAGAGCUUCAGGAUUUGUCCAGUACAUUCUUGAUGCACGUUGCAGCGUGGCGAUUUGCCCCAGUGGUUGAAACCACUAUUGAAGAGAAGCAUGCUCGCGUGGCGAUGAGCAAGCGGCGGCAUCACAUUGGCCCUGUUCGUAUCUCUCUUGCAAAUCGACUUCCUUUGUUGGAGAGGUGGAUGAGGCGAGGCCAUGUUUCUGCUAAAGAACUCCUUGAUUUCUUCAAUCAGUGCCGCUCGCUCAAGACGGUUCCCAGCCUGCUGAACAUUGCUAACCAUCCUGCGAUUGAAGACGACUUUUUCAAACGCCCUGCAGUAAUGCGCGUGAGUCUUGCAAGGAUUAUGUACCGCUGUGAUCUUCAGAGCAUGUAUGAAUCGCACGACACCUUGGCCCGGGAGCAUGACAAGUUGAAACGAAAGACCAUGAGUCGGCAGCUGAAGCUUGUGGACCGUGAACCCGUCGGAGCACUCACUCAUGAGUCAUUGUUGCGAAGUGCGAUGCAGUCCCACAUGCUGCUGCUUCACGAUGAUGAAGUUGAGGGGGCAUGCUUUUACACGUGCCCAAGCAGUUGCCUCAACCUUCAAUCUGUCUCAGCUGCUCUGACUGAGCCACUCUCCAAGCGACCACGCGUUGAAGCUCAACUGCCGCAGGUCGAGGAUCUGCUUCCGCCUGAUGUGGAUGAUGGUGAGGCGCCACCCAGCACCAUAACAUUUCAGAUUGUGAUGAAGAACCCGGCAGACAAGAAGGUCAUUCGACCGGCCGUAGGUGCUGGGGGGAGACUUGCCAAGGGUGCAGUGGUUGUUUCGCACAAGGUCCUUCGCAGUCAGGAUGUACUGACUGGUGACGAUGCGCUGGUCAGCGGACCUUCAGCUGCCAUGGAUGACGUAGGUGGGCAGUUUUUGCUUAGCGGCUUGGUGGGCAACAUCGACGAGAUUCAAACGUGCAUGCGGAGAUGGAAUGCUGUUGACCUUGCUUGGACACUUCAGAACAGCAGCUCUUUCGGUUUCGAGCAUGGUCAGCUCCACGAGUUGUUGCAGGGUCUGGUUGCAGCAGGUGCGUACGAGAUGAAUGAAGCAUCCUUGGGUUACACGGCGCUGCCCGAGCAGGUCCUGGUGCUACAGACGUUAGAGCGUCACGGGCUUGUGACAAAGGCCGGUGAUGAGGAUUUCCGAUGGUUUUUCACAGAACUAGGAGCCCAAGAACUCUGCAGCUGCUCGGCAUUGUCCAGACCAUCAAGAGUUUUCCGCGUUCGCGACGACUUGCCUCUGGCAGACCGGAGCACUUUCGAGUUGCUGCUUGCUCUGACAGACGAGCGCUGGGAGUGGCAACGAUGGGUGCCGGUGUCAAAAAGAACUCGGCGCAUGGCUGCUGCUGGCCAGACUUUCGAUCCUUACACCAGAGGCGGUCGCAAAGUCUUUUACUCUGGUGAGUCUCCGAGCCAUUCAUACCUGGUGGUGCUUCUGAAAGCCGAGGAGUGUUUUGACAAGGGGCUGCCGGCGAUUGAGCACGGGCGGGAGGAAGGCUGCUAUAAAGCAGUCUUGAAGGGUGAUUUUCGCGGCAUGCUGCCACAGUUACAGGAUGUGCCGCCUGACAUUGAGACUCUUGAAGAAGCGGCACGCCGCGAGGAGCCCGUCGGCGGACUUGGAGAUUUGCUGGAAGAUCUUGGCGGCGGUGCUGGGCCUGUUGGUGAAGAGGCUGCUGCGUUGAAUGACCAAGAAGAAGACGACAUCCUUCUGAUGCUGGAGCAACUGCUGGACGAAGACGAAGAUCGGGUGGAUGUGCCAGCAGAGCCGGCUGCCGAUCCUCCCGGCCCUCCCGGCCACGAUGAACUUUCGAGUGACUCUGGUGAAGCAGAGCCUGCUCCAGCAGUUAGACCAGUUAGACACCGGCAACGCAGGCAACGAGAUGGAGAUGGAGCAGAGCCAAUAGCAGCUGUUGCUGAGAAUGCGGGGCCCCGCUUGGAGAACGGCUUCUUCGGUCAUUUCCGGUUGACAGUGAAGAAAGCAGGGCAGGGCGGCAAACAUGGUGGUGUGCAGGCCACUUGCUUGUAUCACAAAAAGAGCAAUGCCACAGGCUGCAAGAGGUUCCUUAGUCUGGAAAGCGCAACCGAAGAAGCCAAGGACAAGUCCCUCAGGCGACUUGCCUGGUGGUGCACAAUGGCUCGUGACUUCGACCGGCAGCGGAAGCACCUGGUGGCGCCGCUGCCGAUUGAGAGCUGUCCGCCCUGGAGCUAUCUCAAUGCCAAGGUUGCUGUGAUGCCUGCGCCCAAUGCUGUGCAGACAGAUGUUGAACUGGAUGCCGCAGCAGCCCGGGCCCGGGCCCCGAAGGCCAAGGCUAAAGCGAAGCCCAAGCCAAAGGGCAAACCUAAAGCAAAGGCAAAGGCUCGGGCAGCCAGCCCCAGUGAUGAGGCUGCCUCAGAUCCGCCGUCAGAUGAACAUGCUUCAGAGUCUUCUGGUGAUUCCUCUAGUUCUUCUGACUCGAGCUCAUCGAGCUCAUCAAGCUCCAGCUCGUGA